AUGAGUAGAUAGAAUUCUUUCUUUUCUGAAAGAGAUGAAGAUUUUUUUGAUGAAAUGGUUGAUAACAGAUCUAAGCUAGUAUCUAUAGGUUUGUAUUAACCCUUUUCUGAUAAAAAUCAUUUUAAUCAUUGUGACAGUUUAAAGGAUUCUUUAAUUGUAGCAAAGCAUUCAAUUAAUUUAAUAUUAAAAAACACUGAAGAGGUACUGUAUGAAAAAUAUUUAGAGGAACGUAAAAAUGAUUACUCAAUUGCUUAGUCACUUAUAUUAGGAGAAAUUUAUAUAAACAUGGCAGUGAAAUUAAUAGAUAGAGAACAAGAAGAUGAAAUGGAUAUAAACGAUUUAGAAGAUUCAGAACCUAAAAAACCAAUAGGAGAAUCUUGGAUUAGAAGCAAAAUUGCAAUAGAACAUUAGCAGGAAUUUGAUAAACCUGAUGAAACUGAAGGUUUACCCAAAAAUGAUAGAGUCUCUGAUCGGACUUCAAUUACAUUCAAAAACAAAUUUAUCAAGAAAAAGGAAGAAGCUUUUAAAGGAGAGGUACCACAACCAUAAAACAUGGAAAUACCCUAGGAAGUAGAUGAUAUUAUAGAGAGACUUAGAGUCAUUAAAUAAUUAGAAACUAAAAGAAAAGAAGAAAAGGAAGAGCAAGAAAAGAAAGAAAAAUAGAACCCAUUAGAGCUCAAAAAAGAAAUGAAAAAUAGUAAAUAUACUUAUGAUUUUGAUGGUAAAGUAAUAAAUACAAAAGUAGUCAAAACAGAAAAAUUACCUCCUUCUAACUAUUAAAUUAACUACUAAUUCUCUACACAAGAAGUUGAUAGAAACAAAAUUAAAAAGAUAAAAGCUUAGCAAGAAGAACAAUAGAAAUAAGCAUAAUUGUAGCUUUAAUAGCAAUAGUAGCAAUAAUAAAAAGGUAAAGGUAGCUUUUUAAAUAUACCUCUGCAGAAUAACCCUAAUCCAAAUAAGGAUGAUUAGGGUCUAGGAAUUAGUAAACUAUAAGCAGGAGCCAAGAAUCCUUUUAGCUAUGAUGAUUUUAAUCCAAGCUAAGGAGUUACUCUUUUUUAUGAUCAAAAAAUUAAAGAAGGUCCCAAAAGCAAAGAAGUUUUCGAUACCUUAGCAAACUUAGACUAAAGAUUAAAAAUGCAUGAUGAAAAGAUAUAAAUUACAAGAUCUGAGUAUAAAAGAUUAACAGAAAACGGAAAUUUAAACAUGGCUUCAACUAUAAAAAAUAUGUAAGACAUCUUAUCGAAUUAAUAAAAUGGAGCUUCUCCACUGCACAGAUAAACUAGUUUACUAAAUGCAUAAACGCAAAAACACAAUUCAAAUAUCGAUAAUGGAUCAGCUUUUAAAUAAGAAGCUCAAAAAAAUUAAUAAUAGCAAAACCAACUCAUUAUUAACAAUCUUUCAUUAAUUGAUAAUUAAUCAGCUAAAAAUAAAUAAAAAUCAUAUUUUUUGAGUAUGCUUAAUCAUCCUUAAAUUAACUCAAAAGGUGAAAAGGAGGAUUUCCUAUCGUAUUUAGAAAAUAGCAAAUCUAAGAUAAUAAUAAAAUAACCUGGCCUGCUCACUAAUAUUAUAAUCAAAGAUGAUGAGCAAUAACUUACUUCAGAUAAAGAAAAAUAAAAUAAUACAUUAAAGUUGCCUAAUAUAAACGAUAAAAUAACACUACCAUAAAAAUCUCCUGUAGAUGAAUUUAAUUAAUCUAUUAUAAAAGGAGGUAAUGAGUGGGGUAAAGGAAACAGAGGAGUUGGUAAUCUUUCUUCAGGUAAAUAAAUCCAUAAGCCUAGCUAAAAAGUAUAUAGAACUACCCUUAAUUAGUUCUACAAGUUACCAAGAGAAAGAGAUUGGGGACAAUCUUUCAAGUAAUCAAAAUCUUCAAAAAAUAUGCUAAAAACAAAUAAUUCAGAAAAUAUUUUAACACAGCCAGAAGUGGAGUUUAGAGGAACAUUUUAUACAUUUAAUUCUAAAUUUUCAGAAACAUUACGUAGUUUUAAGUCUUGA